AUGAUGUCUCUAAUGGUCCACCUGAAGACGGUCGCUCACCUCCGGGGGAGAGGUGACAGGAUCGCCAAAGUUACAUUCAGAGGUCUGCCCUUCUACAGCCGUGUGGCAGAGAACUGUGAGGAGGUGGCACACUUUAAUGAGAUAUUUCGAUGGCCCAUUGCCAGCAGGCUGGAUGGAAACGAGAUGCUGGAAAUCCAAGUGUACAAUUACAGCAAAGUCUUCUCCAACAGACUGGUGGGGACUUUCUGUAUGGUGCUUCAGAAGGUGGCUGAGGAGGGACACCUAGAGCUGACCGACACUCUCAUCGACGAUAACAACACGUCAAUAAAGACCAGCGUUACCAUAGAGAUCAGAUACCAGUCGAUGGAUGGCACAGUGGGAGUCUGGAGCGACGGGGAGUUCCUGGAUGUUCCUGACGACCGUGAUGGGAUGUUUGCCUUUGAAACAGACAGUUUGCUGUCAGGACAAAGCCACGGGUCGGGGACGUCUCCUGGACGAUCCUUACAGGGAUCCAUACCGACUUUCAGAAAAGCAGGGAAGGGAGUUUUCUCAGCCAUGAAGCUCGGCAAGAUCAAGAGCUCCAGAGACGAUCACAAGAGAGGCGAUGAGCCAGCGAUCCUGGACAUGGAGGAAAUGGACAGGAAGUCGAGGCGGAUUGCUGGGGUAAUGGACCCAGACACCAUCUCUCUGGCCUCUGUCACUGCUGUCACCACCAACGUCUCCAAUAAGAGGUCAAAGCCAGAUAUCAAGAUGGAGCCGAGCUCUGGGCGACCAGUGGAUUAUCAGAUCAGCAUCACAGUGAUUGAGGCCCGGCAGCUGAUAGGCCUCAAUAUGGACCCUGUGGUGUGUGUUGAGAUUGGCGAUGACAAGAAGUACACGUCUAUGAAGGAGUCCACCAACUGCCCAUACUACAACGAGUAUUUCGUCUUUGACUUCCACGUCCCUCCUGACGUCAUGUUUGACAAGAUCAUCAAACUCUCAGUCAUUCACUCUAAAAAUCUUCUUCGAAGUGGGACAUUGGUGGGAACCUUUAAGAUGGAUGUUGGGACUGUCUACUCUCAACCUGAACAUCAGUUUUACCACAAGUGGGCCAUCCUGUCUGAUCCUGAUGACAUAACAGCAGGGUGUAAAGGAUAUGUGAAGUGUGACAUUGCUGUAGUCGGGAAGGGCGACAACAUCAAGACCCCGCACAAGGCCAACGAGACCGAUGAAGAUGACAUAGAGGGGAACCUCUUGCUCCCAGAGGGCAUCCCGGCAGAGAGGCAGUGGGCAAGGUUUUAUGUGAAGAUCUACCGCGCUGAGGGACUUCCUAAAAUGAACACCAGCAUCAUGGCUAAUGUGAAGAAGGCCUUUAUAGGAGAGAACAGGGACCUGGUAGAUCCCUACGUUCAAGUGCAGUUUGCGGGACAGAAAGGGAAGACUUCAGUCCAGAAGAGCAGCUAUGAACCGAUCUGGAACGAGCAGAUCGUCUUCACGGAGCUUUUCCCUCCUCUCUGCAAACGCAUGAAGAUCCAGAUACGAGACUCAGAUAAGGUCAACGAUGUUGCCAUAGGAACCCACUUUGUUGACCUGCGCAAGAUCUCAAAUGAUGGUGACAAAGGGUUCCUGCCCACCCUGGGCCCAGCUUGGGCCAACAUGUAUGGUUCCACCCGUCAGUACACUCUGAUGGACGAGCACCAGGACCUGAAUGAGGGUCUUGGAGAAGGCGUGUCCUUCAGAGCCCGUCUCCUGCUCUCCAUCGCUGUGGAGAUCCUGGACACCACAUCUCCUGAGCUCAUGAGUUCCACUGAGGUGCAGGUGGAGGGAGUCUCCAACAUCUCAGAGAGUGCCACUGGGAAAAUAGAUGAGUUCUUCCUUUUUGGUUCCUUUCUGGAGGCCACAAUGAUCGACAGGAAGAUUGGUGACAAACCGAUAACUUUUGAGAUCACAAUAGGUAACUAUGGAAACCAGAUAGAUGGUGUAAGCAAGCCUUCAUCGGCAAAGAAGAAGAAGAAAGAUGGAGAGAAUGAAGAAGAGGAGAGCGAGCUCAUACACAACUCCAGUGAGGACGAGGCAGACGAGGACGCUGACCUAGUUUCUGUCUCCACCACUCCUCUGAUGAAGCCUGUCAUCACUGACAGGAAUUACUUCCAUCUUCCCUACUUUGAAAAGAAGCCAUGUGUCUACAUCAAAAGCUGGUGGCAGGACCAGAGAAGACGACUUUACAACUCCAACAUGAUGGACAAGAUCGCUGACAAGCUGGAAGAGGGUUUGAAUGAUGUUCAGGAGAUCAUUAAGACAGAGAAGGCUUUUCCAGAACGCAGACUCCGGGGAGUGCUGGAGGAGCUGAGCGUCGGCUGCAGUCGGUUUGUGACUCUGGCUAACAAGGAUGUUAACCAGGCAGGCCGAACCAAACUGGAUCGAGAGCGACUCAAGUCCUGCAUGAGAGAGAUGGACAGCAUGGGCCAGCAGGCCAAACAGAUCCGAACUCAGGUGAAGAAAAACACAGUCAGAGACAAACUCAAGCUGGUGCAGAACUUCCUGCAGAAACUCCGAUUCCUUGCUGACGAGCCUCAGCACAGCAUUCCAGAUGUUUUCAUCUGGAUGAUGACCAAUAACAAGCGCAUCGCCUAUGCCCGGAUUCCUUCGAAAGACAUUCUCUACUCCAUAGUGGAUGAGGAAACAGGAAAAGACUGCAGCAAAGUCAAAGCUGUCUUCCUCAAGCUGCCCGGGAAGAAGGGCUUUGGUCCUGCCGGCUGGACAGUUCAGGCUAAGCUGGAGUUAUAUCUGUGGCUCGGCCUCAACAAGCAAAGGAAGGACUUUCUCAACGGUCUGCCUAACGGUUUCGAGGAGAUCAAAUCUGCUAAAAUGGGUCCCGGUCUUCACUCUGUCCCUCCUGUCAGUCUCGUCUACAACAUGAAGCAGGUAUUUCAGCUGCGAGCACACAUGUACCAGGCCCGCAGUCUCUUUGCUGCUGACAGCAGUGGCCUUUCAGAUCCUUUCGCUCGGGUCUUCUUCUCCACACACAGCCAGGUUACUGAGGUCCUGAGUGAGACUCUUUGCCCCACAUGGGAUCAGCUGCUGGUGUUUGACAAUGUGGAGCUGUUUGGGGAAGCCAGUGAGCUGAGAGACGACCCUCCAAUCAUUGUGGUUGAAAUCUUUGACCAGGACACUGUGGGUAAGGCAGAGUUCAUAGGUCGGACGUUCGCAAAACCCACCAUCAAGAUGUGCGAUGAGCACUACGGCCCCCCAAGAUUCCCGCCGCAGCUGGAGUACUACCAGAUUUACAGAGGGAACUGCACAGCUGGGGAGCUGCUGGCUGCCUUUGAGCUGCUGCAGAUACCUUUCAAUUCGGAGGAGAUUAGGCGAGCUCUGAUCGCUGUCCAUAACUUUGCUGUUCCUCAAAUAAAGAUUGGUCAAGGAGGGAAAGCUGAUCUUCCUCCCCUUGAAGGGCCAACAGACUCGGAGCGUGGCCCCAUCCUGCCUGUGCCGCUGGGCAUUCGACCUGUCCUGAGUCGCUACCGCAUAGAGGUUUUGUUCUGGGGCUUAAGGGACCUGAAGAGGAUUAACUUGGCUCAGGUGGAUCGGCCCCGUGUGGACAUAGAGUGUGCAGGUAGAGGUGUGCAGUCUGUCCUCAUCCAGAACUACAAGAAAAACCCCAACUUCAGCACCCUGGUUAAAUGGUUUGAGGUGGACCUUCCAGAGAAUGAGCUUCUUCACCCUCCUCUCAACAUCCGGGUGGUGGACUGCCGGGCGUUUGGGCGUUACAUCCUGGUGGGGUCUCAUGCAGUCUCCAGCCUAAGACGCUUCAUCUACAGCGCCCCAGACAAGACCUCCAACAACUGGGCCAGUGCAGCUAAGCUAAUGAAUGGCUACAUGGUCCUUACCAAUGGCGGCUCCCAGCCUCGCUCCUCACCCAGCCUUUCUUCCCGCACCCUCUCUCGCCCCGCAGGUGACAUCAUCGUCAACAUGGACGCGGAGCCUCCGGUCCGAAAGAUGGACACGGUUGUCAAGUUAGAGGCUACGUCUGACGCUGUUGUAAAAGUUGACAUGACUGAGGAAGAGAGUGACAAAGACAAAAAGAAGAAGAAAAAGAAAAAGAAAGGAGGAGGAGGGGAGGAUGAGGAUGAGACAGAUGAGAGAGUGCUGGACUGGUGGUCCAAAUAUUUUGCUUCAAUAGAGACCCUGAAGGAGACUCUCAGAGCGCAGGAGGUGGCUCAGGCAGAGGCGGAGGAGAGAGAGGACCUGGAGAUAGCUGCAGAGGCAGCAGGCUCCAAGACAAAGGAGAAGAGCAAAGAGAAGAAGAGCAACAAGGACAAGAAGAAGGGUCUGGCUGCAGAGGGCUCUGAGAAACGACCUGUUAAAGCAAAAGUGGACGAGUUGAUGGUCUACAACAAGGAGCUGGAAAGUGAGUUCGGCAACUUUGAGGACUGGCUGCACACUUUCAACUUGUACCGAGGAAAGGCCGGAGAUGAUGACGAACACGCUCUGGAUGACGACAGGAUUGUCGGCAGAUUCAAGGGAUCCUUAUGUAUGUACAAGCUACCUCUGUCUGAGGAGAUCACGAGAGAGGCAGGAUUUGAUCCUAACAUGGGCAUGUUCCAGAGUAUUCCACAUAACGAUCCAAUCAACGUCCUUGUCCGUGUGUAUGUGGUCAGGGCUACAGAUCUUCAUCCUGCUGAUAUCAAUGGGAAGGCUGAUCCGUACGUUGUCAUCAAGCUGGGCAAGUCAGAGGUCAAGGACAAAGAGAACUACAUCUCCAAACAGCUCAAUCCUGUAUUUGGGAAAUCAUUUGACAUCGAGGCCACGUUCCCCAUGGAGUCCAUGCUAACUGUGUCUGUUUACGACUGGGACCUGGUUGGCACUGAUGACCUGAUUGGGGAGACAAAGAUUGACUUGGAGAAUCGUUUUUACAGCAAAUACAGAGCCACCUGCGGCAUUUCAUCCAACUAUUCUGUCCAUGGAUAUAAUGUUUGGCGGGACCCGAUGAAGCCAAGUCAGAUCCUGGCGAAACUCUGUAAGGACUGCAAGAUUGAUGGACCUCAUUAUGGGCCGGGGGGCAAAGUCAAGGUGGCUAAUCGAAUCUUCCUGGGACAUACAGAGAUCGAAGAUGAAAAUGGUCUGAAGAAGCAGACUGAGGAGCAUUUGGCUCUGACGGUGUUGAAUCACUGGGAGGAGAUCCCGAGGGUUGGCUGGAAGCUCGUCCCUGAACACGUGGAGACCAGACCGCUGCUGAACCCCGACAAACCCGGCAUCGAACAGGGCCGUAUUGAGAUGUGGGUUGACAUGUUUCCCAUGGACAUGCCUGCCCCUGGACCUGCGAUUGACAUAUCACCACGGAAACCAAAGAGAUAUGAGCUCAGGGUGAUUAUUUGGAAUACAGACGAAGUAAUACUGGAGGACGAUGAUUACUUCACUGGGGAAAAGUCCAGUGACAUAUUUGUCAGGGGCUUUGAGCUUCGUGUUGUUAUUUGGAACACUGAUGACGUAAUUCUAGAGGACGAUGCUUUCAUGACAGGAGAGAAGAUGUCUGACAUCUAUGUCAGGGGGUGGCUCAAAGGGCAGCAGGAGGACAAGCAGGACACAGAUGUGCACUAUCACUCUCUGACUGGUGAGGGCAACUUUAACUGGCGCUUCGUCUUCCCCUUCGAUUACCUCAUGGCUGAGGAGAAGAUCGUCAUCUCUAAGAAAGAGUCCAUGUUCUCCUGGGAUGAGACUGAAUAUAAGAUCCCUCCUCGCCUCACGCUGCAGGUCUGGGACGCUGACCACUUCUCUGCGGAUGACUUCCUGGGUGCGAUUGAGUUGGACCUAAACAGGUUCCCUCGUGGCGCCAAGACGGCCAAGCAGUGUUCCCUUGACAUGAUCCGAAAUGAGCAUGAGCUGCCGACCAUUUCCAUCUUCAAACAGAAAAGGGUCAAGGGCUGGUGGCCAUUUGUAGCCCGGGAUGAGAACGAUGAGAUGGAGCUAACGGGUAAGGUAGAAGCUGAGCUUCAUCUGGUGACAGCAGAGGAGGCGGAGAAAAGUCCUGUAGGUCUCGGACGAAAUGAGCCUGAUCCGCUGGAGAAACCAAAUCGCCCAGACACCACCUUUCUGUGGUUCCUGAGCCCGCUGAAAGCCAUCCGCUACCUGGUGUGCAACCGCUACAAGUGGCUGAUCAUCAAGAUCGUGCUGGCCCUGCUGCUGCUCAUCAUGCUGGGCCUCUUCCUCUACAGCAUGCCGGGCUACCUGGUCAAAAAGCUGCUGGGGGCCUGAGAGGCUGCUGGGAGGACAGGCAGGGAUGGGGGUGGCCAGCCGGAUAGAUGGAUGGAUGAAUGGGGGAGACACAGGGAGUAGAUGCUGGUUUGUGAGCGCAAACUAGGAAAGUAAAAUGAGUCUCACUUAUAAGGAAAAGGGGAUUGGGAGUCUGAUUGCAUUAUUUCCUCCUCCCUUAUCCAUUCUGAUCAUCUCAAUCAGCUCGCCACCUUCCCUCUGCAGAAAAAGGCAGAAACCACCCAAAAUGACUUACGCCCCCCCCAAUUCAUGAGAACCACUAACAGGCUAAUCAUUUAUCCGAUCUGCAGCAAGCAUAACAAAUCUAACGCUCAGCAUCUGGACUCCAUCCUUGAACUGACUAAAAAGCAAUCAUUUGCUACAAAAUAUAACCCGUGAUGUUCUUAUUCCUUUCAAGCAAUGUUACCUGACAAUGAAUGUUUCUUUAUUCUGUAUCUGUUUUUACAACUUUUACAUUAUUUAUUUAUUGAGUUAAGUCACAGUGUUGGGUUAGUGGCCACGCGAUUGCACGGACAUUCAUUUCAAGUGAUGCUAUUAUAUCUUCCAUGACUGCCACAAUGUCAGCUGUUGAUUUAAGUUAGGGAACAAAUGAACAAUAUGUUAAGUAACAUUUUGCUCUAACUCCCUUUUAAGUAUUAAUAAGUGCUAUAUAAAUACUAAAUGAAGGGUGUA